AUGUUGGGGGGACCACGGGUAAACGCCGACAAAACUGACAAAGCGCUUAGACCUACGUUACUGCUAAAUCGUAAAGAGGAGUGGAAUCGAUACGAUUUCCGCGCCGUUGUCUUCGUCACUCCAAUUGCCAGACUCUGGGUUCCUGUGAUUGUGUUUCAGCAUCAUUCUGACUACACGUUGUUCGAAGGUGAUCAGAAACGCCUUGCAGCCUCGGCUGUGCUUGUGGCAUCGCCAGCGUGUCCUCCCAUCAUAACUUCUGCUAUGAACCCCGAAGGUGUUCCCUUUCCAUUUCAAUACUUUAUGGACACCCUUAUAAAUUUUUGGUAUGUCUGUAAACGAGUAUUCGAAUUAAUGUUCAAAAUAAAAUGUGCUCAUUUGGCUUCGAAAAGACAUUAUAGAAUUCCAACGGAAUCUCUGCCUUGA